ACGCUUUCCAUAACCUGUUCUGAUACGGUAGCAGAGAUCCCUUAUAAAAAAAUUCCAUUAGCAUUGCUAUUUAUUCCAUAAUUCCUUCGCCUUCGCCUUCUCGCUCCCAUCUCUCUUCCUCUUCACUCUGCAAACCCUAGUUUGCGUUCCUCUCUCUCAGUUCUUGGUGAAACAUGGGGGAAUGCAGCGAAUCGGUCGCUUCGGAGAAGAAGUUAAGGCUGAAGGCCUCGGACGGCAUAGUGUUCGAGGUGGAGGAGAACGUCGCCAUGGAGUCGGAGACGAUCAAACUGAUCUUCCUCGAAGACGUCGUCUCGCGCGAGGCCCCCGUGCCCCUUCCCAACGUCUCCGGAAAAAUUCUUGCAAAGGUCCUGGAGUUUUGCAAGGUGCGCGCGGAGCUUCGCCCCAGAUCCGACUUCAAUGAAAAGAUCAAGGAUUUCAAAAAAGAUUUCGCGAAAGAUGAGGACGACGCCACCUUGAUCGCCCUCCUAAACGCUGCCAAUUACUUGAACAUAAACGAUCUGCUGGAUUUGCUCUGCCAGAAGGUCGCCGACUUGAUCAAGGACAAGAGCGUGGAAGAGGUUCGGCAGUUCUUUGGGAUCGAGGGCGAUUUUACGCCGGAGGAGGAAGAAGAGAUUCGCAAGGAGCACGAUUGGGCGUUUCAGUAAAUUCGUAGCUGACUAAUAGCUUCUCCUAUUUUUUUUUCUUGAUUAAUAAGUCCGUUCUGGAAUCGUCAUGGAUUGAUAGCUUGUUUUGUUCGCUCCUUGGCAUCUGUUUUUUGUUGGAAAAACUCAUAGGCGAUAUUGGCGGUUCUCGUCGAAUGAAUUCAAGAUAACCUCUUUUUUUGAAAGAAAA